AUGAUAGACGCUUGCUCCCUGAUUAAUAUUCCCUCCCAUGGUCCAAAAUUCACUUGGUCAAACAACAGGAGAAGAGGGAAUGUGGCUGCAGCUCUGGACAAGGGUUUCUGCAAUAAAGCAUGGCUCAACCACUUCCAAGACUGUGCUGAAUCAGUGCUCCAACGGGAUUUCUCUGACCACUACCCUAUGUUAGUGGUCUCUGAGGCUUGCCCGAAGCCAGGUAACUACCCCUUUCGAAUGCAUAAAUUCUGGACUGAAAAUUCAUCCUUUAUUCAUCUCAUUCGUGAUUCGUGGUCUCAAUAUGUUUCUGGUCCUCCUUUUAUCUUAGCUCAUAAACUCAAGAGGCUUAAGCCUAUCAUUAGAGCUUGGGCUAGGCAAUCAUUCCCAAAUUUUGAUAUGGAGUUGGAUAAAUCAAAAGAGGCUCUGGCAGGGAUUCAAAGUCAAAUUGAAAUAUCAGGGAUGACUGAUGAUUUAUUUGGGAAGGAAGCGGAUGCUAAAACAGCCUAUUUAAAUGCUUUAAAGAAUCAUGAAAAGCUCUGGGCAGAGAAAUCUUGCAUCACUUGGCUGAAGCAUGGUGAUAGGAAUUCUAAAUUCUUUCACCUUUAUGUCAAGAUUAGAAGGGGAAGAAACACUAUCAGACUGCUUCAAAAAUCUGAUGGGUCAAAUAUUUUUGACAGAGAUGGGAUUGCGAGCUAUAUGGUAGAUUGUUUCCAAUCUUUUCAUAAAAGUUUUCCUGUCUCUGAUCAUUCGGAUCUGCUUAACUCCAUUCCUGCUUUAGUUGAUGAGGUCGACUUGCUUUCUUUGGAUGCUAUUCCGAGUGCAAUUGAAAUCAAGAGGGCUGUUUGGGACCUUGAUCCGGAUAGCUCUCCGGGCCCUGACGGCUACCCUGGGUAUUUUUUCUGGCAUUUUUGGGAGGUGGUGGAAUGUGACUUCACUAAAGCGGUCCUUUGUUCUUCAAAAAUCUCUAUUCUUUUCAAUGGCGGUCCUAUGGGAUAUUUCAAUGUGGAGCGAGGCUUAAGGCAAGGAGACCCCAUGUCUCCAAUUCUCUUCAUUCUAGCGGAGGAGGUCCUAUGCAGAGGUAUGCAAGCUCUCAUUCGUGAUGGGAAAAUCAAACCCCUUCAAGGGCCUAGAGGUGAGGUAAUGCUGGUCCACCUUUUAUUUGCAGACGACAUAUUUAUUUUCAUGAAUGCAUCUUUUAAGUAUGUUGGUAACCUAAAUAUUUUUCUGAGGAAGUAUCAAGAUUUCUCUGGCCAGCAAAUAAAUCUAGAUAAAAGCAAGCUUUUCAUGAGGAAAAUCAGGCAUGCUCGUAUUAGGGACAUUGCUGAGGUCUUGGGCAUCUCUGUUUGCAACUUCCCUACUAAAUAUCUUGGGGUUCAGAUCUUCAAAGGAAGAGUGAAGAAAAGCUUUUUGCUGCCUGUCCUAGACAAAGUGAAGGAGCACAUGGUGGGAUGGAAGGGAAAACUCCUUUCAAUGGCUGGAAGGGUUCAGUUGGUGCGCUUGGUGAUUAAUGGAAAGGUGGAUGCAUAA